CACCAAGAACAUAGAGUGCAGCUGAGUUAUGCGAGAUAUUUUUGGACUGUAUAUGUGUUCCUCUGUAGACGAGGGGCCGGUCCUCCGCAGUGUGAGACAGACAGCAAUGCUUCGCCGCACCUUGACCAGGAGGUAAUCGUCACUCCAGGAUUACGCACCUUUGACCUCCAGCACUGUCAACACUAAGCAGCUCACUGGGAUGCCAGCGCGACCAAAUCCACCAGCAGCAACCGGUUUGUCACAUGACUUGCGCGCAGCUCUGCCUGCCUGUGUGCGCGUUUGGCUUUUAUUUCCGCCUUCACCGAGGGAGCGCCGAGCUGAAUGAGUCUCUACGGCCGCUCUGCCUCUCACUCCGCGAAGCUGCGUCGCCGUGCGGGGACCUGUCGGGCGGGGGGACACUCACGCAAUCGCAUCGCCUGGACCCACGCCGUCGCAGGACCAUGCUCACGCGGGUGAAAUCAGCGGUGGCCAAUUUUGUGGGAGGCAUGAUGGCUGGCGGCUCUAACGGAGACCAUCCCGGCGGCUCGGAUCUGCCGCUGAAAUUCCCGUACAGCAGACCGGAGUUCCUGGGACUGUCGCCGGACGAGAUAGAGUGCUCGGCGGACCACAUCGCGAGACCGAUCCUCAUCCUGAAGGAGACCAAGCGGCUGCCGUGGUCCACCGGCUACGCAGAGGUGAUAAACGCAGGAAAGAGCGCAUUAAACGAGGACCAGGCCUGCUGCGAGGUGCUGGUGGUCAAGAGGAGACCAGCGGGGAGCUCCACGCCCAAACGAAGCCCCACGAUCCGCAGGAGGUCUUCCCUGCCUAACGGAGAGGGCCUGGGCCUCCAGGACAACCUGGCGAGUGAUAGCUCUGAAGACCUAACUUUCCACUACUGGGCGUUGUUUGACGGCCACGCCGGCUCCGGGGCGGCUGUAGAGGCCUCCCAUCUUCUCCACCACCACAUCGCCCUGCACCUCCAGGAGGUGAGGGAGAUCCUCUGCACUCCCGACCUGCAGCCACCCACGUGCCUGGGCGAGGAACCCAUCAACCACCACCUCACCUCGACGUCACAGCGUGCCCUAACCAGGGCGGCAUCACUCCGGGGUGCCGCGGGUGCUCCGGGUUCCCCCAGUAACCCACCGCCGCCACGCUUCUUUACCGAGAAGAAAGUUUCACACGAGAGCCUGGUGAUUGGAGCCAUCGAGAAUGCCUUCAAAGACAUGGAUGUACAGAUAGAGAAGGACAAAGCGGCCUACAAUGUCUCGGGUGGCUGCACGGCGCUGGUGGUCGUGUAUUUGCUUGGGAAGCUCUACGUCGGCAACGCAGGGGACAGCAGAGCUAUCAUUAUCCGAGCCGGGGAUGUCAUUCCCAUGUCAGCAGAGUUCACGCCAGAGUCAGAGAGACAGCGGCUGCAGUUCCUGGCCUACAUGCAGCCCCACUUAUUAGGGAACGAGUUUACACAUCUGGAGUUCCCGAGGAGGGUGCAGAGGAAGGAGGUGGGGAAGAGGAUGCUGUACCGUGACUUCACCAUGUCAGGAUGGGCGUAUAAAACCAUAGAGGACGACGACCUGAAGUUUCCCCUGAUCUACGGCGAAGGGAAGAAGGCUCGUGUCUUGGCGACCAUCGGGGUCACGAGAGGUCUGGGGGACCACAAUCUCAAAGUGCACGACUCCAACAUUUACAUCAAGCCCUUCCUGUCUUGCUGUCCAGAGGUCAGAGUUUACCCCCUAGCUGACUGUGAGCACGGAGCUGAUGACGUCCUGGUGCUGGGAACUGACGGUCUGUGGGACGUCCUCUCCAACCAGGAAGUAGCUGAAGCAGUUACCUGUUUCCUGGCAAACUGCGACCCCGACGACCAGCACAGGUACACAAUGGCAGCUCAGGACCUGGUGAUGAGAGCGCGGGGGGUGCUGAAGGACAGAGGCUGGAGGAUAUCCAACGAAAGACUGGGCUCCGGAGAUGACAUCUCUGUCUACAUCAUUCCUCUCAUGUAUGGCAACAAGCAGAACUAGGCUGGCCACGACAGCCACAAUCACGACCACCACCGAAAACGUAAACCCCGCCUCGACGUCUCGCGUCUGCAGUGUCCCCCUCAUCCCUUGUGCUCUUUUUAAAAGUGCUUUAUUAGUGUGGUGCUUCCUCCUUCGCUGAGGUAUCCUACAAGUUUCCUACGCUCAGAGAUGGCAUUUCUGUCGAUCAUCCUCAAUCUCUUUUUGUCUGGUAUUUUUUUUUUUUUAUAUAUAUAUAUAGAAAACUGAAUCAUGAAGGGAGCAGUUUAAGAGUACUACUGAUUUGUUUUUUCUCUCUCAGUCUCAAAGAAGCCAUUGUGAAGUCUGUUGUUGGUAAAAAAAAAAAAAAAAAAAAAAAGUCGAGAGCCCGGACUCUCGCGGGUGAGAUGGUGACGUUCAUCUCAGGACUGCUGAUACUGAACUACUGCACAAUAUUUAUAACUGUGAAAAUGUAAAUACUCGUAAGACGUUUGUGUUUGGUUGAGCGCCUGUACAGUGUAAAAAAAAAAUGAUAAUAAUAAUAAUAAUACCCUGAAGACUGAUGUCGUGUAGAUAUGAAUCAUACCUACUCUGUUCUGUUAGUGUAGCCAGGUUUAGUAUCCUCCAACUGUUCCUGAAACGAAGAAGCACAUUUAUGAAGAAUACACUAAAAGGAGAAGUCACCAUUAAGAUUUUGGUCAGCGAAAUGUAGCCCUGGUCACAACAUCUAUCAUUAUGAUCAGAUCAUCCACAACAUUGAAGCCGCUGAUGUCAUUACGAUGUAAUGUCCCUCUAGGAUGCCUAAUACCACCACCACCACCACCUGAACAUUAAUGCAGACCAAGUGCACCCCAUAGCAAUGGCAAUGGCGAGGGGGUGUUCCUUGCAUCCUAGUGCCAUAUGUUUACCAGCUUAGCAAUGCACACACCCAGCCAUUGAUGUGGUGUAAAGGAAAACAUUGUGCCAAGUUCCUCUACUGCUCCGUGGUCCAUUGUUAUUCCUUUCAGCAGAGGACAGAGGUCAGCAUGGAUGCCAUGAGGCAGCUAUGCAGUCAGAUACAAACUGUACACAGUACACUUGGUUUAAUCUGACCACACGGGCCUUUGCUCCCAAUCUAUUUUGGCCACCGCCGGUUUACCUUUUCUGAUAGAUACAGACCGGGAACAUCGGUAACAAAAUAAUCCGUUAUUCGCUCGACCGGCCGUAGUGUCGCGGCUGAUCUACCACAGCUUCCACAUUCUUUCGGAUGAAAACAGGAAGAGGCAGAGAAAAUCUUUCUGUUGCACUCACUCUCCGCCGGCCCCACAAAUGUCUUCCUUUCUAUUUAAGACAUGUUCUUCUCGCCCUAUUUAAGUGGCUGUUUGCAUGCUACAUCAGGUGCAUCACCGCCUGCUGCCCAUGCCAUUAAGUAUUGUCGUACUUUAAAUAGAAUGCUCAGACCUCUUUCUCACCCGACUCCCCCCUAAACCACCCACCCCCCAAGAAACUGAACAACAGGUGCCUCAACCAUGUAAAGUGCUCCCAUUUUGUCACUUUAAAGUAUACAUAAGACUCACCAUUGCUCUCCUUCUGUUCCUCUACAAUCACUGUUCUCUGAUGCUGUGGUUUUCCUCCUUUUAGUUAAUUUAGAUUGUACUGUUUUUUUUUUUUAAAUCUUUUUUUAUCUUUAUCUUAACGCUGCAAAAGUGGCUGAAGCUAGCGAAUCGUGGAACAGAGUAAUUGUAUAAAUGUAAAUAAUGUUUCCGGUGAACACUUUCCUCCAUUCUUUGAACUGUAAGUGAUGUACAUCUUACCCAAACCAAGAGAAACCUAAUCGUGAUUAAAAAAGAAAAGAAAAAAAAGCUGACUUUUCUGCUGUAUUAAAAAAAUGACAAUUUU